AUGUCGGAGAUUUCAACGACAUCAAGUGGGAUGAGUUGGUACUGCGCCUGUGGGACGAAGAUAAUUCAUCGGUACUGCGCCUGUGGGACGAAGAUAAUUCGUCGGACUUCGUGGACAGAUUUGAACCCAGGAAAAAGGUUCGAUGCUUGUGAUAAAAAUUGGAAUAUCAAAAGAGGUAUGCAUUAUUUCGAGUGUGUGGAUAAUGAAACUUUUCCAAGAGGAAAACAAAUGGUCCCUGGUUUGCUUAGAAGACUUAGAGCAAUGGAGGAGGAAAGUAGAGCAAAGGAAGAAAAAUUGAGAGCUGUGGAAGCAGAAAAGAAAGAAUUGCAACAGAAAUUGAAAGAAAUGGUUCAGGAAAAAAAGGUUUUGGAAUGGGGUCAUGGGCAAAGACAAUUGAUAAUGUGGGUUUCCUUGAUUUUGUCUUCGGGGUUUGAGCCCAUGAAACUGAAGACCAGUUAG